GCUCAUCCUUCCAGUCACCGAUCGAUCAAUCUCCAGUUUGCUUGGAGAUCAAUAUCAUAUCGACCACCAUCUCCAUCGAUAUCCUCUCAGAGUUGCAGAUAGCUAGUCCAUAUCCAUGGCGAUCAUGGCAGCCAAAGCUCUCUUCGUCGUCGCCAUGGCGGCCGCCGUGCUCGGGACGGCGAUGGGCACCACCUACACCGUCGGAGCUCCUAGUGGCUCGUGGGACUUGAGGACCAACUACGCCCAGUGGGUCUCCAACAUCAACUUCCGUGUUGGAGACCAGAUAGUGUUCAAGUACUCUCCAUCGGCGCACGACGUGGUGGAGGUGAGCAAGGCGGACUACGACUCCUGCUCCAGCUCCAGCCCGGUCGCCACCUUCAACUCCGGCGACGACACCAUCGCCCUCACCGCCGCCGGCACACGCUACUUCAUCUGUGGCUUCACUGGCCACUGCGCCGGCGGGAUGAAGGUCGCCGUCAAGGUCGACGCCGCCACCUCCAGCAGCCCCGUCCCGUCGCCGCCGAUGGCGCCUCGUCCGCGCACACCGCCGGCGAUGGCGCCCAACGGCGCCGCCGUGCCCCCUGCCGCCGCCGGUGGCCGGCCCGCGCCUCCGUCGAGCUCGGCGAGCAAGCUCACCGUUGGUCUUAGUUUGGGCGCCAUAGCGGCUGGUCUCAUGUUCUUCUAUUAGAGAAAAAAAGAUAUCUUUGUUUGCUUAAAUUUUGAGGUGUCUGACAUACGAUUGAUCGAUCGUGUUCAUAUGUAUUGAUUGUUUUGAGUCUUUUUCUGUGAUGAGUCUGCCUCAUGUUUGUUACAUAUGUAAUUUUGGGUUAUAUGUAAUU